AUGAUGAUGGCGAUGAUCGGGAGUAAUAAGGCAUUUCUGAUGUCGACGGCGGCGGCGGCGGCGACGGCGAUGAAUACAUGGGAAUUGUUCAAUUCGAAACCCAACGUCAUCGAGAAGAAGCGUAAUAGGGCAUCGGUUUCUUACGACGCUCCGAAACGGAAGCUCCCGGUUCUCCUCUUCGACGUGAUGGACACCAUUGUCCGUGAUCCAUUCUACCAAGAUAUUCCAGCCUUCUUCGGAAUGCCGAUGAAGGUGCUGCUCGAGUGCAAGCAUCCCACCGCCUGGAUCGAAUUCGAAAAGGGAUUGAUUGAUGAGGAUGAGCUAGCAAGAAAGUUCUUCAUUGAUGGGAGGGACUUUGAUUUGGAAGGGCUAAAGGAUUGCAUUAGAUCAGGAUACUCCUACUUAGAUGGGAUGCAAGAGCUUCUUCAAGCUUUGAGAGAUGAUAACUUGGAGAUUCAUGCUUUCACCAACUACCCCAUCUGGUAUAAAAUGAUAGAAGACAAGUUGAAGCUUUCAGCCUACUUGUCAUGGACUUUUUGUUCCUGUAUUACAGGAAAAAGAAAGCCUGAUCCAGAGUUCUAUCUCGAGGUUGUGGAACAUCUCGGUGUUGAACCUUGCGACUGUGUAUUCAUUGAUGACAGGCCAAGCAACGUCAAGUGUGCAGUAGAGAUUGGGAUGCGUGGGUUAUGUUUUGAGAACGCUGAUUCGCUCCGCAAGGAUCUCUCACAUCUAGGGGUCAAUGUCUCUCUACCCAAUAUUUGAUUGCUACUUCUUGGUUGUAAUUUGUAAAAUACUCUCGAAAAGGACAAUACAUUUGUUUCGGGAAUGCAAGUGAUCAUAAAUAAUAAUAAUUAGAGUC